AUGCUGUCACUGGCGUCUCUUCUUAAUCCUGCCCCUCCAGGGCUGCCAAUCACUCGGUUCCCUCCAAGCCCAGCCUCGUCGUCGUCUCCAACGACUUCUUUACGAGACGAGUCGGGUAUCCUAGAUGAGCCCACGAUGGCGAAGCAUAACAUACCGAAAAGCCAGGCUCUCCUUCCCACAAGUAGGCCCAAGGGGAUGAUAAACUUCCGCCCCUUUGAGAGGCUAGACGAAAGCUCGCUCCACCAAGUUCGGAUGUUCCGCGUCCAUCCUUUCGGGAACAUACAGGACCAUUCCCGGCACAUUCCAUACAACAGCGGGAAGAAGGAUUUCUUCGAGAAAACUGGCAGAGAAAGCUUUGAAGUAUUCCAGUAUGAUUUCAAAGUGCCCGGGGACGAGCUCGAUUAUACCGUCAUGUGGGACUAUAACGUCGGCCUCGUCCGCAUGACCCCUUUCUUCAAAUGCUGCAAGUACCCAAAGACGACACCAGCCAAGAUGCUAAACCUGAAUCCGGGGCUUAAAGAGAUAACGCAUAGCAUUACAGGAGGCUCUAUUAUGGCUCAAGGCUACUGGAUGCCAUAUCACUGUGCCAAAGCCGUGUGCGCAACAUUCUGCCAUAACAUAUCAGGUGCUCUGAUACCAAUUUUCGGCCCUGACUUUCCAUCUCUUUGCACCCCUUCAGAAGCGCCAGAGUACAGCCGCAUGAUCAUCGAUCCGGCGAUCGUGGCCCAGUCUACCAGGGACGCAGAACACUACCGUAGGUUAUACAGUAACUCGAUCACCUCUUCAGCCAACAACGGCAGGGCCAGCCCGCCAAGAGAUAGGCGACCCGUAUUCCGAACUCCCUACGACGACCCUCGACAAAACCACCACCAUAAUCACCAUCAGCACCACCAACAUCACCAGCAUCACAUCCCCCGCCGACACCAAGGACUAAAACCCUUCGUAGCGCCUCCUGGCUGCGACAGCCCCUACAUCACAGACACAGACAGCAGCAUACCCCCAGCCGCCGUCCCAGACCGCAGCAGCAUGAGCCAUCAUCGCGAGCGAUUAUUCCCAUACUCACCCGUCAUCCCACCGCCACCCAUAGUACCUUCUUCGUCUUCUACUACUUCUCUCCGACCCACCAGCAGCGGAUGGACGCCCGCGAACGUGGUGCUCCCACACCACCACCACCACUACAACGCGCUGGGCCCCAGCCCCUGGCUAAGCGCCGUCCCGCGCUUCACCACCCCCGACCACCUGCCCCCUUACCCGCCCUCCUCGCACCCAAUCCAACAGCAGACGCGGCAACCGCAACCGCAGGUAUGGCGGGGAGCUAGCAAGCGGUCGGCUGAGCACGUGGAGGCGGAUUACUACGAUAAUGCGCGAGGAAAUAGGAAUGCCGCUCCCACCGCCGUUACCACGGGCAGCAAUGGCAGCGGCAGCAGCAGCAACGGUAGCACCACCAGAACACCCACGCUGAUAACGGGCCCAAACCCCAACACCAGCCACCACCCCUCCAUCCUCCCUCCACCCCAGGACAUCAUCCCCAACGGCAACGGCGACGGCGAGCACACAGCACACAAACCCACCAUCCUCGGCGCAGACAAAAACGCAGCGCUCCUCCUAAUGAACCUCAGCGUCCGAGACUCACGGUGCAACAACAACAACAACAACCACAGAUGCGGUGGUCUCGUCACAUCCGAGACGAACUCGCCCCGCGACGGCGCGUUUCCGCGGAUCAAGAGGGUUAGGGCCAAUUCCAUGUAG